GGAAAUGCAUCUAUUGAAGUCUUUAGAAAUCGCAAAGUGUACACCGAUGAGAAUCCUGAGAAAAUGGAAUUUUCUGCAACAUGGAUCCACUCUUUACUGUACUCGUUCCUCAUAAUUGCUUCUGUUCACCUUCUUCACAUUCUGAUAAUAUCCCAAAAACUCUCAAUCAACCACCAAAAUGUCAGAGUCAAGAAGCUGCCUCCUCUCCCUCUGCGCUUCAACUCUGAUGGAACUUUCAAAAUCCUCCAGGUAGCUGACAUGCAUUUUGGGAAUGGCAUGGUGACUCGAUGCAGAGAUGUGUUGGAUAGUGAAUUCGAGUACUGUUCUGAUCUCAACACCACACGCUUUCUUGAAAAGAUGAUUGAGCUCGAGAAGCCUGAUUUCGUUGCUUUUACUGGAGAUAACAUAUUUGGAACAAGCGCUACUGACGCUGCUGAAUCGCUGUUCAGAGCUUUUGGCCCAGUUAUAAAAGCUGGACUUCCUUGGGCAGCAGUUUUAGGGAACCAUGAUCAAGAAUCAACUAUGAAUCGUGAAGAAUUGAUGUCUUUCAUCUCCCUCAUGGAUUAUUCUUUGUCACAAACUUUUCCCACAGCUGAAGACCUAUCUAAUCCUGCCAAACACAGCCGGGUGCCAAAAAUUGAUGGGUUUGGGAAUUAUAAUCUGAGAGUAUGGGGUCCUCCAGGAUCCCAUCUUGCCAAUAGCACUUUACUCAAUCUCUAUUUUCUUGACAGUGGGGACAGAGCUGUUGUUGAUGGACGUCGAACUUAUGGAUGGAUUAAAGAUUCUCAACCUAGUUGGCUUUGUGAUAUUUCUAAAGAAAUUCAGGUAUAAUAAUGCCAAGUGCAA